CGGUGAAAGGCGACGUAAAAGCGCACGGGGUGGGGCUCAGGGCUCGGAACGUCAAAGCCUUGCGUCCUUCACACCCGGAGCGGAAGAAACGUGCGCUCCGCCGCAGCGCUCACGGUAUCCCCAGCUUGACUGAGACUGGGAAGCGGACUGACGUGUGCGAAGCUGAGCGAGUGAGGCGUGAAAGCGACGUCGGCGCCUGGGAAGAACCCCCGGGCGGCCCAGACCCAGGUCCGGGUUUCCUAGGCCCCGCCUCUCAGGCCUUGGAACUAAUCGGAUUGAGAGCGCGCGGGCCUGGGCCGCGAACUCGCCAAUUGCUGAAGGCUGCGGCCACCGCCCAAUCCGGAGCAGACAGGUGCGAGGUCCGGAAGACAGAGGCCAAUCGACAGCGGUUGCGACCUGUUGGGGCAAGUCUCGACCAAUAAGGAAGCUCGAGUGACAUCUUUGCGCACCAAUCGGGAGUGAGAGGGCGUUCGUGCCCGCCCACCCUUCCGGCCGGAGCUCUAUUUACCAGGGGCGUGCAGCCAGUUUGCCAAUCAGAGCGCGGCUGAGUGGCCCGGCAGCCAACCCCAGAGGAGCGGCUGGUUGGCGUCCGCCGCACCCAGGAGUUGGGGAUGUCCUACAAACCCAUCGCUCCCGCCCCCAGCAGCACCCCCGGCUCCAGCACCCCUGGGCCGGGCACCCCAGUCCCUACAGCCGGAAGUGUCCCAUCGCCCUCGGGCUCGGUGCCAGGAGCCGCUGCCCCUUUCAGGCCACUGUUUAACGACUUUGGACCGCCCUCUAUGGGCUAUGUGCAGGCGAUGAAGCCACCUGGGGCUCAGGGCUCCCAGAGCACCUACACAGACCUGCUGUCAGUCAUAGAGGAAAUGGGCAAAGAGAUCCGUCCUACCUAUGCCGGCAGCAAAAGUGCCAUGGAGCGUCUGAAGAGAGGCAUCAUCCAUGCCCGGGCCCUAGUCAGAGAGUGCCUGGCAGAGACAGAGCGGAAUGCCCGCACAUAACAGGAAGCACUUCGGCCUCAGCGUCUGGACCUUUCUCGGCCACUGCAGAGCACCUGCUUCUCCCUGGCCUUCAACCCCAGUUGCACUUCCCAUCCUGGGCUUCCUAUCCUGCCCCCCUUGGUGGGUGCCCUCCAGGAACUAGGGGGCAGCUCUCAACUCCAGUUGGCAGCACUAGCUGCCCUGCCCCCCCCCCAUGCGAGUUAGCAGCGAGGUCACUGUGAGUCCCACCCAUGACCUGCCAACAGUGUUGAUCCAGCUGGAGCAUUCACCUUUCUGCGGCCCCCACCAACCAAGCACUUACCCAGAACUUCUCACCACUUUGCCCCAGGCCACCUUCUUCUCCAACAGGGGCUCAGAAGGCCUGUCACCUCCCUGCCUUGUCUCCUGGGCCAUAGCGACUCUUUUCUCAGUAUGUCUUUUGCUAAAUGUGCCCUUUUUAUAUAAAUAAAUAAAAGAUGAUUUGGAGUUGUUCUCUCA